AAGGUGUGUUCAGACAGUGACAGGAGGGCUAUAAAGGGACCCCGAGAUGCUCAAACCCAAUCUGGAUUUGGACAUGGCCAUGCAGAAUUUCCUGCAGUACCUGGGCUCCAGCUCUCUGCUCUUUUUGGCAGCAGGGCUCUUUGCUCUCCUCUACUUUCUCUCCAGCUCCAAGAAGUCGGUUUGCAAUCUGCCCCCUGGGCCACGACCUCUUCCUCUSAUCGGAAACCUGAACGUGGUGGACCUGAAAAAGCCGUUCCAGUCACUGACAGAGCUCUCCAAGAUAUAUGGCAAYGUCUUCACUGUGCAUUUUGGACCCAGGAAAGCCGUGGUGCUGGCUGGAUAYGAAACCAUCAAGGAUGCCCUUUUAAAUCAUGCUGAAGAGUUUGGAGAGAGGGCAGAAAUACCCAUAUUCAGGAAAAUURCACAAGGAAAAGGCAUUUCAUUCAGCCAUGGAGAGCUGUGGAAAACCAUGAGAAGAUUCACCCUGUCCACACUGCGAGACUUYGGAAUGGGAAAGAGAACCCUUGAGAUCCGAAUCCUGGAGGAAGUAAACUCCCUUAUCAAGUAUUUUGAAUCCUACCRUGGGAAACCAUUUGAUACGAAAAUGAUACUCAACAGUGCUGUAUCCAAUGUCAUCUGCUCUAUUUUGUUUGGAGAGAGGUUUGAAUAUGAUGAUCCRGUAUUUCUAACAUUGCUGAAGCUGAUAAACCAAAACACUAAGCUGUUGGGCUCCCCCAUGGUGCUGUUAUAUAAUUUCUACCCAUYCCUUGGAUUUCUCUCUGGAGCUUCCAAGACCGUGCUACAAAACAUCCGUGAAUUGAAUGCUUUUCUCCAGAAGCUCUUCCAGGAACACAAAGAAGAGCUUAAUGAAAAUGACUUAACAGGCUUUGUCGAUGCCUUUCUGAUGAAGCAAAAGCAGGAGUCAAAGAAACCCCACACUGCGUUUGACAAUGGAAACCUGGUGUUCACAACCCUGGACCUCUUUGCUGCUGGGACUGAGACAACAUCCACAAUUGUACGCUGGGGGCUGCUGCUGAUGAUGAAAUAUCCAGAAAUUCAGAGAAAGAUUCAGGAAGAAAUGAACCGUGUCAUUGAACCAGGAGAGCUGCCUAARCUGGAGGACCGGAAAAAAAUGCCUUACACAGAAGCAGUAAUACAUGAAAUACAAAGGUUUGCCAACAUUGUCCCCAUGGGUGUAUCACGAUCAACUCCCAGCGAUGUGAAUUUCCGAGGCUUUGUGAUUCCUAAGGGUACUGAGAUUAUCCCACUGCUGACCUCUGCUCUGAAGGACGAGUCACACUGGAAAACCCCRGACCAGUUCAACCCUUCCCAUUUCCUGGAUGCCAAUGGGAACUUCAUUAGGAGAGAAGCAUUUAUUCCAUUCUCCAUAGGUCGAAGGGCUUGCCUUGGUGAAGGACUGGCUAAAAUGGAGCUGUUCCUCUUCUUCUCGAGCUUGCUCCGCAAAUUUGUUUUCCAACCCCCUCCAGGAGUGGAUAAAUCAGAUCUGGAUCUCACUGCAGAUGUUGGCUUUACCUUGAMUCCCAUGCCUCACCUGGUUUGUGCUGUGCCCUGUCAAUGA